UUCAAAUAAUUUCAAGGACAUCGUGCCCUCAACCGUCAUUUACUCGUGUAACGUUGCGCGUCGCUUUUCUCUGUUAUCAGUUUACAGUGUUAGCUUCCCGUAUUUGUUUGCAUUUCCACAAUUCAUGAGGCGUAACAGUGCAAUGAUGGAGUGGCUCAAGCCAUCACCUGUUUGGAGCGGUGACCACAAAACCCUCCUCCUUUCGGAAAACAACAACACAGAACCCGUCCCUGAUGUCAGUUUGAGCCAAAUAAUUGAGAAAAGUUCACAAUUCCCUAUUGAGUUCCCUUUGGAAUCAGUACGUUGUUGUCAACUUCAAAAUCACACCGCCGUAAAAACCCUAGAGAAGAACAUAAAUUCGGCGUAUCCGGUGAUUCACGAACAUGCGCUGUAUUUAUGCGCUGUUUUCCUGCUGCAUCAGGGGAAGUACGGGGAGAAGAAGGAGUUUUACAAAGAGAUGUCGCUGUUGCAGUUUAUUGAUAGGUUGUUGAGUAAACGGGCGGUUAUGUUCAUGGGGCCUGUGGACCGUUUUUUACUUUUGAACAAAACAAAUGGUUCAGGCCGGUGGGAAACAAUUGGGACAAGUAGCGAAACGCCGCCUCUGGUUUUGGAAAACUGUCUCAGUUACGAUGAAAUAAAAUUAUCGGCGUUAUUGUCAGUCUCGUCGUUUAGUUACUUUAUCAAUAAUGGGGACCGCAAUAAUAUGGGCUAUGUUUGGCCAAAUCGGAGCAGAGUUGAGGAGAAUGGGGUGAUAAUUGGGGUGAUUGGCCCCAGACUUGAAAAAUCUAGGGUAAUGGAGUACCGCGAGGUUGUCAUUUGCAAGGAACAAAACACUAGUUGCUAUGGAUACGGCCCGUCAGAAGAGCCAACCUUGCAGCAGGAAUUUUUGAAAUUUUACGGCAGUGUGAAUGGGACUUAUGAUAAGGUUUUGGAACAAAUCGGGUCACACCCUGAGCAAUAUUUGGAAUUAGGGAGAGGCAAAUAUUUCGAUCGGUUGAUGUAUGAGAAACGACUCGCUUUAUCGAUUGAUACUCUUCUAAUCGAAGCAAAUGAUCGAGCGAAACAGGAAAAUAAAAUGGCAUAUGUGCACGUUGUAGGCCUCGGUCUGGGCGUAUGGAAAAUAACCCACCAACAAAACAAAAUUUUUAUGGACACGUUCGCCCAACGGCUCGAGCUACUGGGCGAUGAGUUGAAACACAUCAGCGAUGUCCGUUUCGCCUACAUUCACGAAACUUCCGCGGGGAAGUACUCAAACGGUGACAAAAUCAAGGGAAUCACACUACACAUGAUCGAUAAAAAUCCCCAGGAGAAACUUGCAGGGGACGACGAAGGCAAACUGUUGGUAGUGUCGUAUCCCUGGGAUGGCAAUGCGUUGCCUGGCAACGAAUUCUGGAUGGGAAGUUUGAACAGGAGUGGCGACACUGCUGCAGCUAGUUCCUCACAGGUGGCAGAACUGCACAACUGGCACAUCAACGCCAAAGCGAGCGCGCGAAAUUUGAGAAUUGCAACGUUUAAGGGGUUGUACACCUUCAAGGAGUACCAAGAGAUGCACAAAAAUGAUUAAUUGUUCAAAUAAAACACUACCACAAAA